UUUCAGUAAUGCACAUGAGUAAGAUGCAAGUUGAUAUAUUCCAUCACAAUUACGUUGAACACUGGAUUGUAAUUAGUUGGAGUUAUUUCUGAGUUCAUAACUGAAGAAUAGAGUAGUCAAGUUAAAGCUAACGUAAGAGCUGGUACAUAAAAGGAUUCUGUGAAAGAUAUAGUUCAGUCAUUUCAGAUGCUGAAGUUAUGAGCCUGAAUGACCCUAAGUUGUGUUAUAUUCUGGAUGGAAUUCUCUUUGUGUAUGGGAUUAUAGUCACUGGUCUCUACCUUAAACUGAGGCUGUCAAAGGCAAAAGAUAAACAUGAAGAUAUUCCUGCAAACCAAAUGAACAUAGAAGAUCAAUAUCAACCCUUGCAGAAGAAUGAUCAAGAUAGCUAUUCGCACCUCAGACUGAAGAACAGGAACCAGGACACAGAGACUGGAAUUGGCACAAAACGGAACCAAAGGAGAGAGGAUGCUGCUCAUAGUGACACCUAUUCCAAACUGAAUCCCAAGAACAGAAGUGAGCCUUAUGGUGAACUCAAACCAACUCAGCAGAAGCGAAGAGGCAAAGGAGGGAAUGACAUUUACCAGGAUCUGAGUGCAGCUACACAAGACACAUACAACCAACUGCAAUUGCAGCCAUUACCAGCUGUGCCUCCACCCCCUCGUCGCUGAGAUUCUGUGAUUGUUACUGCAAUACCAAGACAACCAAGAGUGGAAAGCCUUUAGGAAUAACUCAAUUCCACUAGCACAAAAGUUAAUGCUAAUCUGGAAAUUGUUCCCAACAAUAUUACUUUCUUGCAAAAUCCAUUUUUUAAAAAUUUGCAUUAUUCUUAAAAGAAAAUCACUGUAAAAGAAGUAGCCUACAGUAACUGUGCCAGCACCUGCAAGCUUACUUGCCUCUGUGGAUCAUAUUGUGCUGGUCGAAGCUUUUCAGGUAAUAUGAAAAAGAUAGGCUAAGCCUACACGAAUGUUUGAAAGUUAUAUUUUUGUUGCAUUUUUGCAUAGAUCAUAAUGAAAUGCUAUGCUAUACUGGAGCUGAAAGUAUUUAAAAUAAAGGAAACAAAUAUGUCCAAAUGGAAAUAGGCAUUUUAAAAGCUAAACAGCUUCUAACAAUGCAAAAUGUAAAGAAAUGGCAUCGAAACAGAAUUUGGGCUUUCAAUCCAUUUAUGAAAACCAGUUGAAAUCCAAUCUGAACGUGCAUUUUUGGAAUAGUUGAGUAUUAAAACAAUUAUACAGACAAAGAACAAUGUAAAUAUUAUAAAUGCAAAGUAACACGAUUUUUUCAGUUGUAAACAUUUUUCUAUCUAGCAAUUGAAUUAAUUUACUUCAAUGAGAUUGUAUGAGUUUCGAUGAUAUUGUCUGAGAAUAGGUUUUUAGAUGUUACAUUGCACAUUCUAGGCUCACUUUUCUUGUUGCAACAAAGUAAAGCACUUGGGCUGAGAGGCAAAACAUAUUUUAUAAAAGUCCUCUAAAUUUUAAUUUAGCUAAAUACAAAAUAGGUCACCAUGACAUGGUGCUAAGCAAAUGACUUCAGCGUUGCUCAGUUUCUUAAAAAACAUUUUGGAAUUCAUUUGGAGCCAAAGUUCCUAAUAAGUUUUUAGUCAGAAGCAAAGCUUUAAGCAUUAAUUUUAAUUCCACUCACUGUUCCAACAUUUAGACUUUGAACUUGGCUUACAACAUUAAAAAAUAUACAGGCAACACAUUUUUAAAUAAAUUUAUGUUUACUUAAAAUUAGUUGAUAAAUUAUCAGGGAAACUAAAAAAUGCGGAAAAAUAAUAUGAAUAAAGUCUUUGUAAUCACCCAAGUGCUUUUCAGGGUUGUCUGUCUUUAUUGUAUACGUAUUUUCUGCCACUCAUGGGAACUUUGGCCAAUUUUUGUAGUUGUUGCCCAUGUAUUCAAUACAGGAAAUGCAAUGACUACUUAGCUCGUGUCUUUUUUUUACAUAACGAGUUAUGAGGAUCUGAAACGCACUGCUGAAAAGGGCAGUGCAAGCAGAUUCAAUUGUGACUUUCAAAAGUAAAAUGGAAAAGUUUGCAAGUCUAUGGGGAAAGAUCAGGGAAGUGGGACUGACAUCUUUUGGCUAUCUCCAUUUAUCACUGGCCCUCUAUCCAGCUCUACUUGUCCCACCCCCACUUAAACCAGCUUAUAUUUCACCUCUUCUAUUUUUCCUUAGUUCUGUUGAAGCGUCAUACGGACUCGAAACGUUAACCGUGUUCUCUCCGCAGAUGCUGUCAGACCUGCUGAGUUUUUCCCAGGUAUUUUCCUUUUUCUUUAGGGAAGUGGGACUAAUUGAUUAGCUCUUUCAAAGAGCUGCUACAGGAUAGAAUAGGCUGAGAUUGUUUCCUUUGGAACAGAGGAAGCUAAGGGGAGAUUUAAUUGAGGUGCAUUCGGGACCUAGGUAGAGUGGAUAGGAAGGGACCUAUUUCUCUUGACAGAGAAGUCAAUAACCAGAGACAUUAAUUUAAAAUAAUUGGUGGAAGCAUUAGAGGAGGGUUGAGCAAAUUUUUUUUCAGCAAGAGGGAGGUGAGAGUCUGGAGCUCACUGCCUGAAAGGGUGGUAGGGCAGAAGUCCUCAUUGCAUUUAAACAAUACUUCAAUACGCACUUGAAGUGCUGUAGCCUACAGGCUGCAGACCAAGAACUGGAAAGUGUGAUUAGGUCGGAUAGGUCUUUUUCAGUCGGUUUCGACACGAUGGGCUGAACGGCCUCCUUCUGUGCUUUAAAAUUCAAUGAUUAUUAUGGUCACAUUAAAGAUUAAAAUGAAUUUACUUAUUCAACUUCAGUUUUUGCUUCAGGGUAACAUUUUCAAAAGAAGUAACUGACUUAACUACAGUUACUACUAAUUACUUUAAUGCCCUGUUUUAGACAUUUUUUAAAAUUUACCAUUCUAAAAAUAACAUCCUGGUUGUUUUAUAAAACAGCUUCCUUUGUUUCCCAAUAAUUACAGCAAUUAAACCAAGUCCACCAUAACCUUAGCAUUGUCUUUUCAAUACUCAGUAAAAAGAUCUUUGUAAAGCCAUAUAUCCAUGAACAAAUCAAAGAUCUAUUCAUAACUAAAUGAAUGCAUAGGCAGAUCGAGAAAGUCGGAGCGAUUAGUUUAUUGUUUGGAAAUAAAUGGACAGCCUGAACAUCUAUAAAUGGUGAAAUUAACAGAAAAAUUUCAUUCUUAGGAAAUGCAACACCUCAUCUGAUAAUUACAAUUUAAACAAGCAUUCCAGGAUGCUAUUUGUUAACUUAUUUUGAAUGUGGGCCUAACUGAUGUGAGAUAUGAUUAAUUUCUUGCUUUGUUUUGCAGUUGCUUAAAGAAAAUUUUAGUCAUUGUUAAUUUUCGUUUUAUGUAUUUAAGAUGUUUUGUCUGUAAUGCUUGUCAACUUUUCUGUAUUAAAAAAGGUAGCCAUCAA